AUGUGCAGGAAGAUAAGGCAAACUUUAAAGAAUCUUAUGCAUGAAAUCCCAUCAUUUCAGGCGGAACUGUCGUGGAAAACUUGUAAUAAUUCAUGGAAUACGGAAUUAUGUACGAGUAAUUUAAAUGAAACAUUAAACAAGGAAGGGGAAAGACUUAAUACACCUUCAGAGGAAUAUUUUUUAUACAAUGUACUUGAAAUUCAACAUUCAACUGGGUUGGAUGGACUUGGUGGAGUGAAGCCAUUACUAGCGAUUUGUUUAAUUAUUGUUUUUCUUCUCAUAUAUUUCGCAAUAUGGAAGGGCGUAAAAAGUGUCGGAAAGGUCGUUUGGGUGACUUCAAUCGCACCUUAUAUAAUUCUUACUGUGCUUUUAAUUCGAGGCAUUACAUUACCUGGCGCAUCUACUGGUAUAUAUUAUUAUAUAAUUCCUGAUUUUGAAAAACUUCUGGAUCCAAAUGUCUGGACAGCUGCGGCCGCACAAAUAUUUUUCUCCCUCGGAUCCGGUCUGGGUGUCAUAAUAGCACUUAGCAGCUACAAUGAUUUUAAUAAUAAUUGCUACCGUGAUGCUUUAUCAACAUGUGCAAUCAAUUGUGGCACAUCAUUUUUCGCAGGAUUCGUAAUUUUCUCAACCCUUGGAUAUAUGUCAAAGCUAACUAAACGCCCAAUACAUGAAGUAGUUAGUGAUCAAGGAGCAAAUCUUAUAUUUGCUGUCUAUCCUCAAGCUAUUGCAACAAUGCCUUUUUCAAAUAUAUGGUCAUUCAUAUUUUUUUCAAUGCUUAUCUUUCUCGGAAUUGAUAGCACGUUUAGUGGGAUCGAAGCAAUUAUAACAGCAUUUUGUGACGAAUAUCCAAAGCUUUUAGCGAGCCAUCGCAAAAUAUUUGUUGCUUUUGUUCUUUUCAUUUAUUACGUUGGCAGUUUACCAUCAAUUACAUAUGGUGGUUCAUACGUGAUACUUUUUCUCGACGAAUAUGGUGUUUCACUAUCGUUAAUGUUUAUCGUUAUAUGUGAAACGGUCGCAGUUUUCUGGUUUUAUGGUGUAGAAAGGUUCAGUCAAGAUAUUCAUCAGAUGCUUGGUUUUUCUCCAGGAUUAUAUUGGCGAAUUUGCUGGUUAUGCUGCCCUAUACUUAUGACUAGCAUUUUUGUCCUUACUGCUUCUAAUAUAUCAAUGGAACCACUUAAAACGCUGAAUUAUGUGUAUCCUCAAUGGUCAAUUGAAGUUGGUUGGAUUUUACGUAUUUCUUCUAUCCUACCUGUUCCAGUCUUCGCUAUAUACUUUAUGUCUCAGUUGAAAGGGACCAUAUUUCAGGUACCAUUUUCUCUGUUUCAGAAUGGCAAAAAAUUUAUACGUUUAAAGAAAUAUGUCGAUAAUUAA